AAAAAAAAAUCAACUUUAGGUGAUGUUGAAAAAUUUAGGAGUUUUGGGGAAAAUGGGAGGUGGUGUUGUGAUGUUUGGCAGCGGAGCAUUGUACCUUUCUCGCCGUGGUUGCAGAAUAGUGAGUGUAGUAGAGGCUGCGGGCGAUGGCGGUGGGAGGUGGCAAGUGCUGGACAAGUGGACAAGGAACUGAGCAAAGGCAAUGAUCGGGCUGCUCUGAAUCUUGUUAGGGAUUUGCAGGCCAAGCCCGGCGGCCUCCGCUGCUUCGGCGCCACCCGCCAGAUUCCGCAGAGACUGUACACACUAGAUGAGUUGAGGUUGAAUGGAAUAGAAGCUGCAUCUCUUUUAUCCCCUGUGGAUACGACGCUGGGUUCCAUAGAGAGGAGCAUUCAAGCUGCUGCUCUCUUGGGAGCUUUUGCUGUCUCCAAACUCUUUGAUUUCACCCCUCAACACAUCUUUUUCGCCUCUCUCGGAUUGCUCUUCCUCUGGACACUAGACGCCGUUUCUUUUGAUGGGGGGAUCAGUUUCUUGAUUGUGGACACGCUCGGCCAUUCCUUGAGCCAAAAGUACCAUAAUAGGGUUGUUCAACACGAGUCGGGCCAUUUCUUGAUUGCGUAUUUGCUGGGGAUCCUGCCCAAGGGCUACACUCUCACCAGCUUGGAAGCUCUGAAGAAGGAGGGAUCGCUGAAUGUUCAAGCAGGGACUGCUUUCGUGGACUACGAGUUUCUCGAGGAAGUGAGCACCGGAAAAGUAUCAGCCAGCACACUCAACACCUUCUCGUGUAUAGCGCUGGCUGGUGUGGCCACGGAGUAUCUGCUCCUCGGUGCUGCGGAAGGCGGUCUUUCAGAUAUCAACAUGGUUUGCCCGUCAUCUUCUGUCUUUCUUUUAUAAUAAAGUGAAUCACUUUUUCAA